AUGUUUGUUCGUCCCAAAUCUGAUCGAAGAAUGCUGUACCAACAGCUCAAAAACUCAUCAGUUACUGUUAUUGUAGAAGCAUCAAGUGAAGAAAGCUUUAUUGGCACGGGUGCUGUUUGGGAUUCAAGUCACAUUGUGACAUGUUACCAUAUCCUUCGUGACAAUCCAAAGAGUAUUUUAGUCAGUGACAUGAAGGAUGUCUAUCAGAUAGAUGAACGAUUAUUUACUGCUGUUCUAGUAGAUGCUUUCCCGGAAAUUGAUAUAGCUCUUAUUAAGCUAGUUGACAAUGAGAAAAUUCAUAUUAAUCCUGUUAUUCGAGCAGAUGUACAAGAGGUUUUUGUUGGGGAUGAGGUUUUUGCUAUUUGUAGCGUGUUAGGAGGAAAACUACCAAAAUCUUAUUUAGACGGGGUAAUUUCUGGAGUUGAUAGGAAUGCGAAAACUGAGAUGGGUGUGAUGAUUCCCGGGGUUUUGCAAACAACAGUUGCGUCAGUGGAGGGGUGUAGUGGUUCACCUUUGUUCACCGAUUCGGGCUAUUGCGUUGGAAUAUGCUUUGGUGCACUAUGCCCAUCAGUUGCAUUUGCGAUUCCCAUAAAUAUGGUACAUGAUGCAAUAGCAAAAUUCAUGGAGUUUCAGUUUUCAUCUCAUAACUUGAGUUCUGUUUCUAAAUGUGGUUAA